AGCAUAAAUAAACCUAAUUUUCCUCACUUUCCUCUCAAACAUUUCCUAAUUUCAUCCUAAUAAUUACCAGUCUUUAAAUUCUUAGAAACAAUAUUUCCUAGAAGAAAAUAUUUUUUUUCUCAUGUAUUUCUGAAUGAUUUUCUUCCUCUUUGAUUUUUAAUCUGAUUUUUUUUUUACAAAGUUAUUGUUCUUAUUUUGGUAUUGCUUCUUUAGUUUGUUGAAUGCUUUAUAAGCUUUAGAUUUGGAAAAUUAAAUCUUCUGUCCCAAAAUCUAUAUUAAGUUUGUCAAAAUAAGUAUUAAUCUUCUAGAUAUGGAGUCUACCGGAGAAGUGGUUAGGACAUCCGACGUGAGCGACGGUGGCGUUAUGGUAGUGAGAUCCAACGCGCCGUCGGACUUCCACGUGGCUCCGAGGUCAGAAACUUCAAAUCCACCUCCAACCUCCGUCGCUCCUCAAAAUUCCCUUGCUCCGACUGCGCCGCCGCCAACAACUGAAGGUUUCUCCAGCGGACCCAUGAAGAAGAAGCGUGGACGUCCUAGGAAGUACGGACACGACGGAGCACCGGUGGCGCUAUCACCGAAUCCGAUAUCUUCAGCCGCACCAACGACCUCUCACGUCAUCGAUUUCUCUGCAUCUGAGAAACGCGGCAAAGUGAAACCAGCAACAACUCCGAGCUCCUUCAUCAGGACAAAGUACCAAGUCGAGAAUUUAGGCGAAUGGGCUCCUUCCUCGGCCGGCGCUAAUUUCACGCCGCAUAUAAUUACGGUGAACGCAGGCGAGGACGUAACGAAGAAGAUAAUAUCGUUUUCUCAACAAGGGUCUCUCGCUAUUUGCGUUCUCUGCGCAAACGGUGUCGUUUCAAGCGUUACUCUUCGUCAGCCCGAUUCAUCUGGCGGUACAUUGACAUACGAGGGUCGCUUUGAGAUAUUAUCACUGUCGGGAUCAUUCAUGCCAAGUGACUCGGACGGGACACGGAGCAGAACCGGUGGAAUGACCGUGUCGUUAGCUAGUCCUGAUGGACGUGUAGUAGGCGGUGGAGUCGCUGGCUUGCUGGUCGCAGCCACUCCUAUUCAAGUGGUUGUUGGAAGUUUCUUAGCUGGAACGAAUCAGCAAGAUCAGAAUCCGAGGAAGCAGAACCACAACUUCAUGUCGUCUCCAAUGCCAACCACUUCGAAUGCAGCUGAUCAUGGAGCCAUCCGUCCUACGUCGUCUUCUCACCAGAUUGGUACAUGGACACCGCCUUUAGCUUCUGAUCCAAGACACAAACCCUCUCAUGACAUUAACAUCACUUUAACUUGAUUUCUUCCUCAAAAGAAGUGGUGGAUCCUCUUUAUUUCGGUUUAGACUUCUCUCUCUCAAGGUUUAGGUUUUAUUUCAUGUACUAAAUUAGGAUUGUUUUCCAACGUUUUUUUUUAAAUUCCGUUUCUUCCGUUCUUGAAUGUAGUAGUAGAAGUUGAAUCUUGUUACCCAAUCUCUUGACCAGCUACACGUUCUUGUUUACAUAAA